AUGAAGGAGAUUAUGAAGGAGAUGGUGGGUGGUUGCUGUGUGUGCUCGGACGAGCGCGGUUGGCCUGACAACCCGCUUGUUUACUGUGAUGGCAAUGGCUGUACUGUUGCGGUUCAUCAAGCAUGUUACGGAAUAAUAGCUGUACCAACUGGACCAUGGUACUGUAGAAAAUGUGAGAGCCCGGAGACAAAGGGCAAAGUUAGAUGCGAACUCUGCCCAUCUAAAUCUGGGGCAUUGAAACGCACAGACACAGGAGGCUGGGCCCACGUUGUCUGUGCCUUAUACAUACCUGAAGUGAGAUUUGGAAACGUCACAUCUAUGGAACCUAUCGUUCUGCGUCUCAUACCGCCCGAACGAUAUAAUAAGACAUGCUACAUUUGUCAAGAUAUGGGAAAAACUCACCGCGCCAACGCUGGUGCUUGUAUGCAGUGUAACAAAUCUGGAUGUAAGCAACAAUUUCACGUGACUUGCGCCCAGAGCCUCGGACUGUUGUGCGAGGAAGCUGGCAAUUACCUCGAUAACGUCAAAUACUGCGGAUACUGCCAACACCAUUACAGCAAACUGUUUGCUAAUUGUGAACUAAGCAUAGUAAGUAGGUAUAUAUAUGUACAGAAGAAGGGCGGUAACGUGAAGACGAUCCCGCCCUACAAGCCGGUGUCUCACGAUAGCCAGUCGAGCGACUCGAGUGAAAAGGACGAAGGGUCCCCAGCAGGCAGCGCUACGCCCACGCACACAGCUAAAGCUAAAGGGCCCGGUCGCAAGUCUUCGCAUUCAAGCGGUGGCGCCUCCGGAAAAAAUACGCCGAACUCGGUUAAAACCCCUACAAAUACACCACAACCUAUGGAUAAGAAGAAACCGUCUCCCUCUCGACGGGGAUCGUCUACGGGUGAAGGUGGUACUGGUAGUAAGAACAGCACACCAGCGCCCUCUCCACAACACUCUACCGAUUCCCAGACUCAAGCCCAAGCCCAAGCCCAGGGUCAGAGGUCUGGUGGUUCCACACCUAACAACACAGCGAAGAUUCCUCUCCCGACCGCGUCUCCAAACACUAACAAGCCGGAGUCGGGCGGCGUCAUUAGUUCAGUGGCGUCGGUCAAUGCAUCUGUGGCUUCUAUACCUAUGCCACCGACCCCAGUAACAUGCACAGUGGUCCAAGCGCCCACAUCGAAGCCAUCUGUAUACCAGGAGUCCGUAAUAACCAACACAGAAGCUAUCGAUACAAAACAGACCAAGAAACGCAAGGCGAUCACGGCCACUAAUAUGUCUAUGACCGCAGUGGACUAUGCCUCGACUACUCCACCUACAGUGAUGACCGACAUCAUAGCGCAAAACGCUAACAACCCUUGGGAAACUCCCAACCACGUGAACACCGAGGCUAGCACAGAGUCCGUGGAAAAGAUCAUCAAAAAGGCGAAGACAGAUGUCGCUGAACCGUCGUCCACACCGGCUCACUUCUCGAGCCUGAGCCCCGCGCCACCCCCACCCCCACCCCCACCAGCUCAUAGCCCCAGCUUAGUAUAAAGCUAUUUAUUUUUUUACCUCAGGCAUCUCCCAAGUCCUAUGCCAGGACCUAGUGGACUAAACCAGAUCUCAAACAUACGGUCGCCUUCACAUACACAGGUAAGCAAGGAGAGGGAGCCAUCGCUGCUGGUCUCCGUGCCUCUCACCGGGCACGGGCUCAACCUCACCACGCAUGCACAGAUCCCGCAGCCUCAAGAUAUGGCGCUGUCAUCGCCUCAUAUAUUCCAUCAGUUCCACAAGCAGGCUGCUAUGGAACCCGUUCAUUCACCUCAUGGUAUUUCGGGCAGAGGUGCCUGGGGCGGUCUGAACGUGGCCUACGAGAUGCAGGACCCGAACAAACCCGGCAUAAGCGGUAUGCCCGGAACGAGUAAAGACGCCAGCGUUGGUGUGAACCUGGGACCCAUGCCACCCGCGGCCAUUAGAAACAAGAAACGCGCAGCUAUGGCUACUUCCGUGGUUUCAAUGGCCAACAACAACAUGCCAUCUAUGCAAACAGCCACAGCUCAGAAUAUCGCGAGUGUGCGUCGUCCACCGCAACCGACUCCGCCACCGAUGUACCAAGAGAUUAUCAAGGAUUCGCCGCCCAGUUCGCCUAAUUCCGAACGUCCUCUAAAACCGAAAUUGGAAAAUAAAAUCGGGGCAAGUUGCACGGCACCACAUAUGUUGGGUAACGAAUUAAAUCCCGAAAGCGGGGCGGCGGCUCGCCUCCAAGAACAGUUAAGUGCAGAGCUGGCCGCCCACGCCGCAGGCACAAACGCGCCUGGUGGGCCCGACGCUCUCGUCCCACCGCCGUUGAUCAAUAGGGCUACAAAUACGUCGAGUGCUGGAGGGUCUCGCGGUACUUCCAGUGCUCAGAGCCUCGAUCAACUUCUGGAGCGGCAAUGGGAGCAAGGAUCACAAUUUCUAAUGGAACAAGCGCAGCAUUUCGACAUAGCGUCUCUCCUCUCCUGCCUGCACCAGCUCCGAACCGAGAACGUCAGGCUCGAGGAGCACGUCGGCAACUUGCUCCAGCGCCGGGACCACUUGCUCGCGGUGAACGCGCGGCUCGCGAUACCACUGACGGCGGUGGUGCCGGGUCCAGGGGAGCCGCCUCGUUGUCCGCGCGAGAACGGAGGCCAAGUACGCGGUCCGCAGGGUCCCGUGCGACCCAACGAGACCAUCACAUCUGACCGACAACAUCAGCUAAUUAUGCGCGAGGUGCAACAGAAGCCCAGCUGA